AUGGGGUACCUGGUGCGGGAACAGCAGGGGGCCGAGAAAGCCACAGAGUGCAGCCAGGACACGUCUGUCCCUGGCAGAUGUGGGAUCUCCCAAACCCGAAAGGAUUUCGCGCGCAUCCGCCCUCCACCGCAUGGCGGGACGGGGGCGCACGCAGCCCCACCCUGCAAGCGGAAGGAGCAGGAGCAGCAGAAGGAGCGCGCGCUGCAGCCCAAGAAGCAGCGCCUGGUGUUCACCGACCUGCAGCGGCGCACGCUGAUCGCCAUCUUCAAGGAAAACAAGCGGCCGUCGAAGGAAAUGCAGGUCACCAUCUCCCAGCAGCUCGGCCUGGAGCUCAACACCGUCAGCAAUUUCUUCAUGAACGCGCGGCGCCGCUGCAUGAACCGGUGGGCGGAGGAGCCCGGU